AUGGAAAAAGAGCAGUAUAGAUCUGUGAUUCGAUUUCUUUUUUUGGAUGGGAAAACGUGUGAAGAAAUCAAAAUCAAGUUGCAGGUAGUUUAUAAGGACCAAGCACCUUCGAUGACUACCAUCAGAUAUUGGUUCAACGAAUUCAAAAGUGGCAGAACAUCGGUUUUGGAUGAAGAGCGCCCAGGUCGUCCGAUUAAAGUAACUACUGAGGAAAUGGUCAACAAAAUCCACGAUAUUGUCUUAGCAGACCAUCGGGUGAAGAUCAGAGAGAUUGCUGAGAUUGCAAACAUCUCAACCGAACGUGUGCACAACAUUCUUCGAGAAAAACUGGGCAUGAGAAAGCUAUCGGCACGAUGGGUGCCGCGUUUGCUCACAGUGGAGCAAAAACAAAAUUGCGUUACAACUUCGGAACAUUGCUUCAAUAUGUUUAAGCACAAUUCGAAGGAGUUUCGAAGGCAGACCAAAGAACAGUCAAAACAAGGGACUCUACCCGGCGAACGUGCUCCAAAGAAAGCGAAAACGGUUUCUUCGGCCGGAAAAGUUAUGGAUACUGUUUUUUGGGAUUCGCAUGGCAUCAUUUUCAUAGACCAUUUGUAA